AACGUGAAAAGCGAUUCACUUUCUAAGCGAAGCGCUGUUAGUGAAUUCACUCGUAUCUUCGGAACUGUCUUUACCAGAAGUGUGGAACAUGUCGGACUUCGAAUGUUACAACAUGAAUGCCAAUGUGACAACUACCUGUGACCAUGGCAACCUCACAUUCACCUUGGAUACCAGUCUGUUUAACUCCGUACUUCCGGUGGUGUUAUGCCUGGUGUCUGUUAUUGGUAUCAUAGGCAAUGUGCUGGUUAUUAUCGUGGUGAAAAGGAACAUGUACAUCAACUGUUUGUUCCUGAACCUGGCCGUGGCCGAUCUCCUGUUUAUCCUGAUAUGUGUCCCUAUUCAAGUGUCCAUCUACGCCAGUGAGGGGACAAUUCAGUUUGGAGAUUCUGUGUGUAAAGUUUCCUUCUACUUCAGUUACGUAACUAUGGGAGUCAGUAUUUAUUCCCUGGUGUCUAUAUGUGUUCUGCGGUACAUAGGAAUUACUCGGCCUCUCCAGUGCAGAGGUGUGCUGAGCCGCCGUAGUGCCAUCUGGACCAGCGGCGCCAUAUGGGCUGUCAUAUGCAGUAUUAACAUCCCUAUCAUCAUAUUUCAUCGUGGAACUGAGGGUGGCGGGUGUAACCUGUGUGUGAACGGCCAGACGGAGUAUUACGUGUACAUUGGGUUGGUGUCUGGGUGUGAUUUCUUCCUGCCAGCUACCGUAUUACCAGUCAUCUCGGUUUUAAUCAUCAGAGAAGUCCGGAGAGACAUGACAGAGAUGGAGAGAACGCAACUGGAGUCAGCGCCCUAUGUGAGGGCGGCCAAAUCCUCCAGUACUCGGCUCAUCGUCCUGAUAGCCCUAGUGGCCUUCUUCUUUGUACUCUGCUGGGGGCCAGCACACCUAAUGCUGCUACUGGAGGCCAGUGGUGUCGUCAUCGCCGACUGUCCAUCUCCCGCUGUUAAAACUGUUAUGUUCGUGGCUUUGUUACUGCUCCACACCAAUUCCAGCAUUAAUCCCCUACUGUACAACUUUGUCUCUGCCGAGUUUAGGAAAUCUUUUCUUGCUGUUUUGAAAUCACACUGUAGCUCUGAAAGAAAAAGACGCAGGGAGUCGGUUAAUAUUGAAAUGUCGCAUCAGAUUAGACACAGAGCUAGCCGAAGAAUAUCACAGAGAGUUAUACUUUAG